UAGACGGAUGAGUUAUUGUCAUGUAAAAAGCGCCAGCAAUAAGACCAACCGCUUUGCUAUUGUCCAAGUGGAAAGAGCCAAGUUUAUUAUGAGGACUAUAUACUCUAGAGACCUCAGACAAGGCAUCUCACAGGAGGCUUUUUCAUAAAACUAGGCUCGGCUGGUAGUAAGGAGGCCAGUUUGGAGGCAGGCGUUGAGCUGUGCACAUCUCCCCACUCCAGCCACCGUCUCCACAUCCAUCUUUUAUUUCAUUUUUCCACUUGGCCGAGCCAUCCAGAACCUUUUCAAUGUAUAAAAUGGAAUAUUCUUACCUCAAUUCCUCUGCCUACGAGUCCUGUAUGGCCGGAAUGGACACCUCGAGUCUGGCUUCAGCUUACGCAGACUUCAGUUCCUGCAGCCAGGCCAGUGGCUUCCAGUAUAACCCGAUAAGGACCACUUUUGGGGCCACGUCCGGCUGCCCGUCCCUCACGCCGGGAUCCUGCAGCCUGGGCACCCUCAGGGACCACCAGAGCAGUCCGUACGCCGCAGUUCCAUACAAACUCUUCACCGACCACGGCGGCCUCAACGAGAAACGCAAGCAGCGGCGCAUCCGCACCACCUUCACAAGUGCGCAGCUCAAAGAGUUGGAGAGGGUCUUCGCUGAGACGCACUACCCUGACAUCUACACCCGGGAGGAGCUAGCGCUGAAGAUCGACCUCACCGAGGCGAGAGUCCAGGUGUGGUUCCAGAACCGUCGGGCUAAGUUUCGCAAGCAGGAGCGCGCAGCCGCCGCCGCCGCCGCCGCCGCCAAAAACGGCUCCUCCGGGAAGAAGUCUGACUCCUCCCGGGACGACGAGAGCAAAGAGGCCAAGAGCACCGAUCCUGACAGCACUGGGGGCCCGGGACCCAACCCCAACCCGACCCCCAGCUGCGGGGCAAACGGCGGAGGCGGCGGAGGGCCCAGCCCAGCAGGAGCUCCGGGGGCGGCGGGCCCGGGGGGCCCCGGAGGCGAACCCGGCAAGGGCGGUGCAGCUGCGGCGGCUGCUGCGGCUGCGGCGGCUGCGGCGGCGGCAGCGGCGGCAGCGGCGGGAGGUCUGGCUGCGGCCGGGGGCCCCGGACAAGGCUGGGCUCCUGGCCCGGGCCCUAUCACCUCCAUCCCGGAUUCGCUUGGGGGCCCCUUCGCCAGCGUCUUAUCUUCGCUCCAAAGACCCAACGGUGCCAAAGCCGCCUUAGUGAAGAGCAGUAUGUUCUGAUCUGCGACCUGCGGCGGCGGCCGGCGAGCCCGGGGCCCGGGCUGGCGAGCGGGAGAGUGGGUAGACCCAAGGCUAGUGUCGCUGCUGCCAGUGGCAUUUUUUUUUUUUCAUCGAAGGCCUAAAAUGAUCGCGAUUCGAAAAAAAAACGAGAAAAUGACGUCGCUCUCAUUUCAACCCCGCUUCUACCCCCUUUCCUCACCCCCCCAAAACAAAACAAAACAAAACAAAACAAACAAACAAAAAUUCUUUCCUGGCUUCGCACCUGCCUUGGGCUGCUCAUAGGACAGGGCUCCACCUGCUGCCCAAGGGAUGUGAGCUGGGACUUCGGGGCACUCUCUCAGGGGGCUGUGUCUGAGUGACGGGUGUAUGUCUGUCUCGGAGAAUGUGUGUCUGUGGCCCCAAGUAGGUGAUAGGGAGAGAUGGGGGAGCCACAACCAACUCAGUGACUUCUUAGAAAAAAAAAAAGUUGGAAAGCAGCAACGAUACAAAAGCAAAAUGAAAUAAAUCACAAAAGUUUUAAAAAAAAAAAAAGAUCCACAUGGAGGGAACAAUUUGAAAAUACGAAGGGGGCGAGGGAGGACUGUGGCUGGCGCUGAGGAUUUAUUUGGUCUUGCGAACCCCUAAAUUCUCUCGCUCACGACUGCACAGACUGGUCUUGCGGCUCCUCUUUAGAAAAGCGUACUGACCAGCCCCGGUUCCCCUCAGGUCCUUGUGCUCUGACCACUGCAGUGAUGGCUCACUCAGACUGUCCUAGCAGCCAAAGUGACUUUCUGGAGCCCUGCUUGCCUGUCCCCACCUCGCCCGGAAACCAUCUCGCCAUUAGCGCAACUGAUUCCCACACCGUUGCUAUGCCCGAACCCUAAUCUUCGCAGCCGCUUGGCCCCGAAAGAUGCCCUGUACAGGAGAUACCUUUUGUCUCAUAUGUCACAGCGCUUCUGUUUUUCUCUCCCGCCACCCCCAUCGGCAUUUUCUUCUUCCACCAGCUUUUAUGGAACUUGUUGCCACUGCUUUGCAUCGGAGUCGGUUGUAGUCCACAUAGCUGGCUGCAGAGAAAUAGAUCUACCCAUCAAGGGGAAGGCACACACACGAUUGCAGAAAGUGUCUCGGCUCAUGUUUCUGAUUGAGUGAUCCGAGCUGGACUCAUCCUGUAGGGUGGACGGACUGUACAUUGAUGAUUCCUUCUAUGCGCAGUUUAGACAUCUCUGUUGGGCUUUUUUAUUUUUAUUUUUAUUUUUAUUUUAAAAGGCACAAACUAUAGAUAUUAGUUGAAUGUUGAGGCUUUAACUUUUUCCGUGUCUUUCUACAGCUGUGUUCUGUGACUCAAUUGUAUCGUGUUACUAUCAGUACAGACCGUCUCCUCUACGUGACCGUAUAAUGUUUUUCUCUUCUUGUAGUCUCUAUGGUGUGUCUUUAUGACGUAAUAAGGUUCUCACGGGUUUGAUUCCUUUGUGUUUAGAGAGACCAGGUUCAGACAAUGGUAUAUAUUUUUGUUAUCAGGUGCAUGUCUGUCUGAUUUCCUUUUCUUCUCGUUGGGACUAUGUUUGUGAACAUGAACGUCAUAAGUUAUGUUUCAGAUUUUCAAAUUUAUUUAUACGUGUUCUAAUGAAUGCUUCUAUUUAAAGGGGAAAUAUUUCUACAUGUGCAUAUAGUUUUCCAAGAGUGUACCAUUAACUUGAUUGUUGAUAAUAAAAAGAAAAAGCAAGUCUAAGCAAGUAAA